GUGUAAAACUCGCUGGAAGACUCAUGAGAGGCAGCGCCUCACUCCCUUACCCAAAAGAGAGCUAAAAAAAUCAACACUCCUGCCAGAUCUUGCCACGUGGACCCAACUCAUAAAAUCGGAUGCAAACCUAUUUAUAUUCCAGUCUUUAUUCAUAAUUUCUCGUCCGCCCCCUCACUUUCUUAAUCUCGUCGCUCCGAUCUCUCUCGCUUAAGCUGUCUCUCAUCUCCGAAAACAUCUCACAAUUAAAUAAAACCCUAAGAUUUUUCUGAUGCAUCCGUGAAUUUUCCGAGAGAAUUGUCUUUUGUUUUGAUUAUUUUUUUUCCGAGAAAAUUUUAUCGGGGGAGCUGAGGAGAUUUUGCUUUGAAUUCGGAUUGGAAAAGAAAUGACGACAUCGACGACCAGCACUGUCUACAUCCGCGUCAUCGAAGAUGUCGUCAGCAAGGUCCGUGACGAGUUCGUCAAUGGCGGUCCUGGCGAGAGUGUUCUCAACGAGCUUCAAGGAAUUUGGGAAAUGAAGAUGAUGCAAGCAGGAGUUGUGUCUGGUCCGAUAGAUAGGUCGUCUGUGCCAAAGCCGGCACCUGGCGUAACUCCAGUUCAUGACCUUAAUGUACCUUAUGAAGGGACCGAGGAGUAUGAAACACCUACUGCUGAGAUACUCUUUCCCCCGACACCUUUGCAAACUCCCAUGCAGACACCAUUACCCACAAGUACCCCAUUACCAGGAACUGCUGAUAGCUCAAUGUAUAACAUACCUACUGGUUCUAGUGAUUAUCCCACGCCAGUAAAUGAUUCUGGUGGCAGUACUGAGGCUAAAGGUGGAAGUGGAAAUGGAAGGCCAAACUCAUACAUGCCACCUCCUCCUUCUCCAUGGAUGAAUCAGAGGACCCCUCUAAGUGUUGAUGUAAAUGUUGCUUAUGUGGAAGGGCGUGAUGAGGCAGAUAGAGGAACCUCUCAUCAACCCCUUACACAGGACUUCUUCAUGAUGCCAUCUGGAAAGCGUAAACGUGAAGAUUUCCCUGCACAAUACCAGAAUGGUGGAUAUAAUAUACCCCAGCAAGAUGGAGCUGGAGAUGCUAUACCAAAGAUUUUUGAGCUUGAGGUAAGCCCAGACAGUGAUUUCACUGGUAAAGGUAAUACCGUCACCACUGCAAAUAGGGAGUCCCUACUGCAUUCAUCCAGGUCAUCUGUGAAGAUUCCUCAACUGGAUGGGCCAAUUCCUGAUCCCUAUGACGAUGUGCUUUCUACUCCGAAUAUAUACAACUACCAAGGAGUUGUUAGUGAAGAUUACAACAUAGUGAACACACCUGCUCCUACUGACGUACAGGCUAGUACUCCUGCUAUUGUCACACAAAGUGAGGCUGUGGAUGAUGAUGAUGAUGAGCCAUUGAAUGAAAAUGAUGAUGAUGAUUUGGAUGAUGUGGAUCAAGGAGAGGAGCUGAACACUCAACAUUUAGUGUUGGCUCAGUUUGACAAGGUGACUCGAACCAAAAGCAGAUGGAAAUGUGCAUUGAAGGAUGGAAUUAUGCAUAUAAACAAUAAGGACAUUCUGUUUAAUAAGGCAACAGGAGAAUUUGACUUCUGAUUUGUCGGAGAGAGUUUGAUGCCCAUCUAGUGGGCCGUUGCUCAGAAGAGUGAAUCCGGAGGAGAUGAUGGGUGUUUCACAAAAGUUCAUAAAUUUCUGAAGGGAAGGGAGCGAGAUGCUUGGAUUUAAUAGUUUUUAAGGCAGGUUGGACUGUUGGCUAUGUACAUAAAGGGAAGAGUAUUUUUUUUUGGCCACCACACCCACACCACGCACCCCCCCAGCGUAACAAAGUUAAAAGUGGUUGGCCACUAGAGUGGAGUUCACCUUUUUUCUAAUGGAAUCUGUAAUUCUGUUUAUGCCAUAUGCAUGGACAUUUUGGUUAUUUAUGCACGCACUCAAUUUGUUUUA